AUGAAAGUAGGCCAUUCCAACAGCGACCGCCUCCAUCACGAACCAGCACCUCAAUGGAAAGCACUCGACAAGUUCACCCGAUAUCAUCUACCCAAUUCCUUGAAGGAAGAAAACGCGCUCUACGGCGACUCGCCGCAACACUGCCGCAACUCGCUCGGCUCGGGCUCGGCGAUCGUUGCCGUCUGCUCUCGUACUCGAAAACAUCGAGCAAUUGCUGCACUGCAAAAGCAAUCGAUUCAGGAACACUCUGAAACCUCGCUAUGGCCGCUGCAGUUUCUCAAUCGCCUAGAUGUGCAUCUGAGACUGAAUAGCAUCCGCAAGUUGUCCACCAUUGCUCUUGCUCUCGGAGUGGAACGCACUAGAAAUGAAUUGAUUCAGUUCCUAACAGACACGAUUUAUGAUGAGGACGAAGUGCUGCUCAUUCUUGCUGAACAGCUUGGAAACUUCACUCCUUUGGUUGGCGGUCCGGAGUACGUCCACUGUCUGCUUCCUCCACUUGAGAACUUGGCCACUGUCGAAGAAACCGUUGUCAGGGACAAAGCCGUCGAAAGCCUUCGCAAACUUGCUGACAAACUCAGCACACCGGCACUGGAAGAGUAUUUCAUACCAAUGUUAAAGCGUCUAGCCACAGGGGAUUGGUUCACUUCACGCACAUCCGCAUGCGGAUUGUUCAGCGUCGCUUAUCCUCGAGUCAGUCCUGCCAUCAAGGCAGAGCUAAGAGGCCUAUUCCGACAACUCUGUCGCGAUGACACUCCAAUGGUUCGUCGUGCCGCUGCAGCUAAAUUGGGUGAUUUUGCAAAGGUUUUCGAACGAGACUAUCUGGUGGAAGAACUUCAUUCAAUGUUUUGCGACCUGGCUGUGGAUGAGCAGGACUCUGUGCGACUACUGGCUGUAGAAGGUUGCAUCGCAAUGGCGGGAUUACUCUCUGAAGAUAGUCGACGUGAUCUUGUUCGUCCUGUACUGAGUGGUCUGAUUGACGAUAAGAGCUGGCGUGUACGUUUCAUGGUAGCUGAGAAACUCACAGAGAUCCAAGACGCCGUUGGCGAGGAUAUGACUAUGACUGAACUCGUGCCAGCGUUCACAAAUCUACUUAAAGAUCCGGAGGGCGAAGUUCGCGGCGCAGCUGCGCAGAAACUGAACACUUUCUGUGCCAAGCUGAAGAAGAGUGCUAGAGAAGGUGCCAUUUUGAACAACAUCCUCCCUGUAGUGAAGGAUUUGGUCAUCGAUCCAAAUCAGCAUGUGAAAACUGAACUUGCCGGUGUAAUUAUGGGACUGGCUCCUCUUGUAGGAAAAGAAAAUACGAUCUCGCAACUUCUUCCAAUUUAUAUGCAGUUGUUGAAGGAUAGCACAGCAGAAGUUCGCCUCAACAUCAUCAGCAGCCUCGAUAAGGUGAAUGAUGUGAUUGGAGCUUCACAGCUUUCGCAGUCACUUCUGCCAGCUAUUGUUGAACUAGCGGAAGAUGGAAAAUGGCGCGUCAGACUCGCUAUCGUCCAGUUCAUGCCUUUGCUUGCUGCACAACUGGGUCAAGAAUUCUUCGACGAAAAGAUGCUUCCAUUGUGCCUGAACUGGCUUUGCGACCAUGUAUAUGCUAUUCGCGAAGCAACCACCUCGAUUCUCACUGAACUCACCAAAAAGUUUGGCGGCGAUUGGGCCUCGAAAAACAUAAUGCCAAAGCUGGUCACCAUGUCAAAAGAUCUCAACUACCUUCAUCGAAUGACUUGUCUGUUUUGUCUAAACUCACUUGCGGAGGCUGUUGGCCCCCAGCAAACUGCUAAAGAAAUAAUGCCGAUUAUCAAGGAGCUCAGCGAAGAUAAUGUUCCUAACGUGCGCUUCGGGGUAGCUAAGGGUCUGCAGAAAAUUGGAAAAGUAGUAGAUGCGAGCGUGCUACAAAAUGAGAUCAAGCCGAUUCUGACAUUCCUUAUGAACGAUGCUGACUUUGAUGUGCGAUACUUCGCCGAAGAAGCUAAAAAUAGUCUAGGCUUGCAUUAGACAACGAUAUAAUUGAAUCCCUGUGCUGUACUCGAUCAUCCUGUGUUGCUCGUGUUGUCAUGAUGUAAAUGACCUUAACAUAUUCUCUGUCUCACGCUAUCACGUCUGAAUAAAUAUAAAGGAUCAAA